GUUUUUUUGUUUUUUACAUCUCUAUCUAUACAAUUUUGUUCAAUGUUAUUAAUUUAGUACAUUUUUUUUAAUUGAGAAUUGAGUACUCAAUAUAGUUUUAUUAAAAAAUAAUGUAUUACUUUACAAAACAUACUGUAAAAUUAUUCAGUACUAAUCUCGUAAGUCGUAUAGAGUAAUGUAAUAACCUAUUUUGUUUAUUCAAUUCAAUUGAACAAUAAAAGAAAAAUAAUUACCUAUUACUUUUAAAUUGUUUAGCUUGCAUUUAGAAAAUAUGCAGAUAAAGCUAAAGUAGCAUCUUUGAAAGGCGGUGAAAAUGUUUUAAAAACGACAUUACAAAAUAAAUUUCCUAAAGCUAAAGAAAUUAAAAUCAAAGAUAUUUCAGGUAAUUAUAUUUGUUAAAAGUAAUUUAUUAAAAUAUAAUCCAUUAAAAAAAUAGAUUAGAUAAUUUUUGCUUAUUAUAAUAGUAAGUAAGACAUUAAUUACAACAGUAGAUACAAAAUUAAAUUUAAGAACAUGCAAGUACUUAGGUAUAGUUUAUGUGAGAUUUCUUUUAUUCUUUUAAAUAUACUUGGUAUUUUAAUUUAUAAAUAAAAAUUAUGAAAAAAAAAAAAAAUGUAUGAUGCACAGACAAAUAUAGAUUGUAGAAUAAUGUUUUUGGGCUUAAUUUACACAGUUUAAUUAAACCAUAUAAUGUAUACCUACGUCUAGAUAAUGUUUAUUACAAUGUUUUAAUAUUACAUUACUAAUUUAUUUUAAAAUGUAUAGGUGGUUGUGGUGCAAUUUUCGAAGUAUUUGUUUCAUCAGUGGAAUUCAAAGGACUGAGUAUGGUCAAACAACAUCAAAUUAUAAAUGAAGUAUUUGUAACCACUACUAUAAUUAUUAAUUUAUAAUAUUAUCCUACUUUAUAUGACCGUAUUUUAACAAUGUAUAUUUGGUAUUAGCUGUUGCACACAGCCUUGCCUGUGACAAAAAAAAAUGGCCAAAAUAUCAAAUUAUUAUGUGACAACCAAAUUCUAUUAUUAAAACUAUUCAUGUUAUAGAUGUCCCAUACGGCCUUGUCCGUAAUAUCUAAACAUCACUUAGUCGGAUAAAUAUACUUUUUUAAAUAUAAAAGCAACUAUAUUUGCUUAAAUUUAAAAGUUUGAUAUAUAUGGUGUCGCAGACUUAUUUAUAGAACUAUUAAGGCCUACAUUUUUGUCAUAUAUUGUUUUUAUUUCUAUAAAGCUGUUUAGGCAACAUAAAGAAUGUUCUUUUAAACAAUAAUUCUACCGGACUUGCUAGACAAAAUCAGUAAUAGCUUAGUUAAAACACCUACUACAUUUAUGUAAUUUAUAACAUACAGCACUCAGAGAUAAUAUACCUAGCUAUCUAUCAGUGAAAAAAUGUUUGAAUCAGAUAUUUGUCUCUAAAGAUUACCUCCUAUAUACAAACACGCUACUUUUAUGUCUUUAUAAUAUUAUGUGUAGAUUUUACUUUUCUGAAUACAUUUGUUAAAAUAAGUUCGCUAGGUAUUUUAAAUAUUUUACGUCCCUGAUUGUUGAUGUGGUAUAUGAUUUUAAGUUUUGGAUUAAUGCGAUCCAGGGUUCUACAUUCUAAAGUAAUACAUACCAGAAUUUGACAAACUGAGAUUUUAUAAUUUAACUAUAGUACCUUAAAUUAUUACACAAAAACUAAACUGAAUACUGAAAAUUAAAUUUGUAAUUAUUUUAGGUUUUAAAGAAUGAAAUCAAAUCAAUGCAUGGAAUACGAAUACAUACAGAAAUUCCUGAUGAAAAUAACUAAUAGACAUUGUUUUAAUUUAUAAAUAAAAAAUUAGUUAAACAUUAAAACAUUAUUUAAUGAUGUGUACACAUUUUAUUUUUUUAUCAAGUAUACUGUUUUAAUUUUAUUGUUACAUGUUAUAUACUUAUAACCAUUAUAGAUGUUCAAAAUUGUUCUAUUGUUAACUAGUCUGUUACAUUUUUUACAGUUGUUGAACCUUUGUAACCAAAUAAAAAGAUAAAAACUAGUAAAAAAUUUACUAACCCACCAAAAGUGGUGACUAGAAGUAGACUUCAGUAGACUAGAAGGUGCUUGACUUUAAGAGGUUCACCACAAGUUUGGUACAGUGUUGGUUUUAUCUUGUAUAAUAAGAUAGGGCAUCUUUGAGUGAUUUAUUCACAGUCUGUUUAAAAUAACUUAUUGUUUUUAACUUAUCUUAUUUUUUUAUUUAAUAAUAUAUACUAUUUGUUUCCUAAAAAUUAAAAUGCUAUUUAAUCCUAAUAAUAAUAUUACAUAUUUAGAUCUAUUUUCAGUUUAAAAAUUAGUAGAACUCAAGAUUUUAGCACUGUAUGUAGUAUAUAGUAAUAUGUAGUUACCUAAUUGUAAAAUAUAAAUUAUUUGAAAUUAAUUUAGAAUAUAUCUAAAAACUCUCUAGUAUCUAGUUUAUAAAUUGUAUAAAUUAUUUUUAUUACUAAAUUUAUACGGACUUGUAUGUGGUUCAGUGAGUUCUAUUAAACUUUAUUUAAACUGAUUACCUACUAUAAUAUACUGAAUGUUUAUCCCUAUAAAUGCUCUGUUAAUUGUUAAGCUGUGUGACUGUAUCUAUCUUGAUCUAUUUUAUAGUUUUAAAUUUAUAAUCUAAAUUGAAUGUAUUUACUUAUUAUUAGGGAUUUAAUGGUCUCUGAAUUUACAACAAUACUAUAUUUUACACCAUUUAAAACAAGAUCAAAUAUUUUAUGCAGUCCUGAAUUGUUUAAUGCACUGAAUGGACCCAUUCAUCAUUACUAAUUCAACUCAAACAUCUUUCAUAGUUGUUUAAAUUUGUAUACAUACUUGGUAUUAAAAAGUUGAACAAUCUGUUAUAUAUUUUAUAUUUUAAAUUGUUUUUUAUUCAAGUAGUUUAAAUCUUUAAAUAAAUCAAUAUGAACAAUGAAA